AUAAAACUUAAAAACAAUGGCGAAAAUCUUCUCCCAUCUUUUGCCAGCUUUUGAUAGCUUUUUCCCAUAGUUCGUUUUUCACGCGGGAAUAUUUCGGAAGUUUGUGAAACUAAGGAAUGCCACUCAUUAGCGGAAUCAAUUAAAAAGGGAAUGAAUGAUAGCGUAAAUCCUUGCGAUGACUUUUAUUCCUACGUAUGUGGUUCAUGGCAAUCUAAUUAUCCGGUUCCUAAAGGCGAAGAAUUCUGGAAUUUAAUUAGAAUAAAUGAAGAAGAAAGAAAAUUUAUUAUAAAAGAAAUUAUAGAAAAGCAACUAAGUCCUGAGGAUAUUGAACCAUUAGUUAACGAGAAAAAAUUGUACAAAUCUUGUAUGGAUGAAGACAGAAUUGAGAAAAAAGGAUUGGAACCGUUAAAGAAAAUUAUAGACAAGAUUGGUGGUUGGCCAAUGGUUAUGAAUACAACUGAAUGGGAAAAAAAAGAAAUCACUUGGCAAGAUGUUGUUUAUUAUUAUGUCGAUAUUGUAGGAGGAUAUGGUUUGUUUACUAUACGUACUGUACAUAAUCCAAAAAAUUCCACACUUAAAAUGAUUGCGAUUAGUCAAGAAAAUAUGUUUCUGCCUGACAUCAGUUUUUUGAAUGAUAUGGAAAGUAGUCAUUAUUAUAAUCAAUAUAGUUCAUACAGACAUGGAAAAAACGAUAUUAAUGAUAAUAUAACAAAAUUUCAAAAUUUUCUAAACAAAGCAAUUUCUAAAUAUUCAGAAUCCGAAGGAAUGAGGGACGAAAAAGAAAUCGAAAUUGACAGUAGGAAUUUGUUUGAGUUUAUUAAAUCCUUGAAGAAGAUUAAAUUAACUCUAAAGGAAACAAGAGAAUCUGGAUAUGAAAUAGUGCGAAUUAGCUAUUUUCAGAAUUUUUAUAACCAUAACAAUACUAAUGAAAGCACGAUAUCAAAGAUUAAUUGGCUCGAAAUGAUUAAAGCCCUUUACAAUAAUACUGAUGUUGUUAUUAAUGAAUCAGAAGAAAUAAUUGUAUAUGACAAACCUUACUUUUAUAAAUUAAGUCAACUACUAGAAAAAACACCUUAAAGAACAAUUGUCAAUUUCAUUCAUUGGAUCUUUAUACUGGAGACCAUUUCAUUUUUAGAUAAAGAAAUAGUACAAUUCAUUGUUGACAUGAAGAAAACUGCUGAUGUAGGAAUCAUCAAAUUGAAAUUUUCAAAUUGUUAGGUGGG